AUGCCUCAACUUCGGGAGAUCCCCCUCAAACCAAAGCCGUCCUCCACCCCAGCAAUCAUGACCCUCCAACCCUCGACAGCCCUCCCAACGCCCCCAGCAACCCCCUCAAUGCCAGCCCCACGCCAUCCCUACCCAAAGGCGCCUUCCCAAGAACUCGUAUUUCGGAACCUGAUCCGCGGCCCCGCCCUAACUCUCCAGAUAUCCAGCGAAGAAUUCAUCCUACCAAUCGCGCUUCUCUGCCAUCACUCUACGUUCUUGCGCAAGGAGAUAAGGCAGAUGAUUGAGAUGGGUAUGGGGCCAGGGAAGAAGCGACCCCUCGAAGAGCCCGACGAAGUCAAAGUCGAGAAGAAGAAGAAGAAGCGCAAACCCGAAUCAGAGGAAGAAGGAGGAGCCAAGAUCGAAGAUGAAAAGAAGCGCAAACUCGAGUCUACUUCUGAGAAAGAAGAGGAAGGAGGACAUGUCAACCCCAACUCCAACUCCAACCCCAACCCCAAACCCGUCCUUGACAAGUCCUCCGGACCACUCAUCCUCUCCCUUCCCCCGACCUUCGUCUCGCCCGAUAUCUUCUCCCUCUUCCUGUCAUACAUCUACAAAUCCGGCUACUCCCCGAGCGUCGACGCACUGCCAGCAUCAUACACCGCCAACACUUCCAACAACCACGUCGCCACCACCACCGUCUCAACUACGCUAUCCACGACAGACUUCAUCCCGCCCUCAAUCCACGCCUACCUGCUCGCACACCGCCUUAUUGGUCCCUCAUUCAUGAACCACACGCUCGCACGCAUCUACGCAGGUAUCGGAGUGUACUACCCACUUUCGCCGACGCUGAUGAAUUUCGUGUGGGUGCAGACCAAGGGUCUUGCUUUGGGCUCUGGUGUUGUGCCGCUGCGCAGACUGCUUCUCCAUGUUCUGAUUGCGCACUGGCCGAGUCAGCAGUUCCACAUCAUCGCGCGGAACGAUCCGGCAGCGUGGACGAUGCUGUUUGAGGCGCAUCAGGAUUUGAGGCAAGAGUUCAUCAUGGGACUGCAGGGUGGUGUCAAGGUGCAAGCUGCGCAGGGGUACUUUGUGGGCCUGGGUGAGAUGGUGAAGGUGGAGGGUUAG